UGCCGCCACAAGCCCACAAGCUUGCGCAGCCUCCCUCCGCCCGUCCCUGGCGUCUACAAAAAGCCCUCGGCAGGUGGCGAGUGGAGACGCUCCCUCAUACCUACCAGCCAAACCAAGCAAGCAGGGAAUCCCCACAAGGCAGCAGAUGGAAGCGAAAGGUGGCGGUGGCGCGGCGUGGCGCGGGCGCGGGCGCGGCUAGCUAGGCCGGCUCGUGUGCGUGCGCGAGGAGACAGCCACAGCCAUACAGGGAUGCUGCCUGCUUCGUGACCGUGCUGGUGGUGGUGGGCUGCAGCCUGCAGCUCGUAUCACACGCCCACAGUGCAGGAAGGAGGGAGUGGAAGAAGAGAGAGGAAGUUGUUUUUAAAGGCAACAGCGAGUCCCGCUGCUGUCCCUCUCCUUCGCCACCUCCCUCCCUCACUCUCUUCCCUCCCUCUCGGAGGAGGAGAGAGAAGAGAGGGAGCCAGUCCAGCUCCAGCCAGCCGGACGCCCGGACCAACACCACCCCGCCUCCCCCUCCCCCCGCCCCACCGGCCCGCCCUCUCGCGCUGCCGUACCCACGGCCCCACGCACGUUCACAAGUCUCGUCGCCGCCGCAAUGGAGUCCGGCGGUGGCGGGGACGACCAGCUGCACGGCCUCAAGUUCGGCAAGAAGAUCUACUUCGAGGACGCCGCCGGCUCCAGCAGCGGCAGCAGCAGCGGCGGUGGCAGCGCGCCCGCGCCUCCAGCGACGCAGCAGCCGUCGCCGCCGGCCGCUUCGCCUAGGGCCCCGGCCGGCGGCGGCAGGAGGGGCAGGGCCGCGGCCGGCGGCGCGGGCCCCUCGACGGCGCCCGCGCCCGCGCGCUGCCAGGUCGACGGCUGCAACGUUGACCUCACCGACGUCAAGCCCGCCUACUACUGCCGCCACAAGGUGUGCAAAAUGCACUCCAAGGAGCCCCGCGUCCUCGUCAACGGCCUCGAGCAGCGCUUCUGCCAGCAGUGCAGCAGGUUCCACCAGCUGCCUGAAUUCGACCAGCUAAAGAAGAGCUGCCGCAAACGCCUCGCAGGCCACAACGAGCGCCGGAGGAGGCCGCCGCCUGGACCCCUUGCGUCACGAUACGGCCGUCACGCUGCGUCGCUCGGCGAAGAGCCCGGCAGGCUCAGAAGCUUCAUGCUGGAUUUCUCGUACCCGAGGGUCUCAAGCGCCAUGAGGGGUGGGUUUCCGGCGGUGAGGCCCGGUGGUGAAAGGGUGCCUGGCGGUAUCCAGUGGCAAGCGGGCUUGGAUCCUCGUCACCACCAAGGCGCGGUCGCGGGAUACGGCGCCCACUAUGGGAGCGAGGGUGGUAGCUCGUCGUCGGCGAGGCCGCCGGUGUUCCCUGGCCCGGAGCUGCCCCCAGGUGGAUGCCUUGCAGGAGUCCCCGCGGACUCCAGCUGUGCUCUCUCUCUUCUGUCAACUCAGCCAUGGGAUGCUGCCCACAGCCACAGCCACAGCCACGCUGCGCCAACAGCGGGUUUCGACGGCGGCAGCCCUGUGGCGCCCUCCCUCAUGGCGGCGAGUAGCUACAUCGCGCCGAGCCCCUGGACCGAGACCGACUCCUGGGGCCACGAAGGCGGGCGGAGCGUGCCUCAGCUGCCACCUGACGACGUCCCCCUCGGCGAGGUGCACUCCGGCUCGAGCAGCCACCACGGCCAGUUCUCAGGUGAGCUCGAGCUCGCCCUGCAGGGAAACAGGCCAGCGCCAGGGUCGGCGGCACCGCCAGCGCCGCGCAAUAAUCAGGGCUCCGCGGGCACGUUCGACCAGGCUGGCAACACGAUGGACUGGUCGCUCUAGGCCGGGGGCCGAAAUAAAGCGCAGCAGAUCCUAGCCGCGCAGGGAGAUGGAGGAGGCUGAAAGUCUGAUGCUGCACGCUGCUUGCUUAGCUUAGAGCAUCCAGCAUGAUAAGAGUGAUGAACUGAUGCGGUGUCAGGAGACUAGUUUAUUCUGUGCUUCACCAUGAACUCGUCUGUCGCGGCGUCUAUGUAGACAGACGGCACACGUCCGUGGUUCGAAGUUACCAGUAUGCUUGUCGGGGACUUUGCUCGCGAUGCAUUAAUCUCAUUGUUCACCAUCCAGAAAUCUCAUGUUCUCUA